CAGUCGUAAAAAAAGAAAAAAAAAGAAUCUAUUUCAAAACUAACACACUCUUAUCAAACCUCUUUCCCGCCUGCCAUAAUCAUCAUCACCAUCCUCCAUGGAAAUUCUUCAUCUUCUGCUUCUCUUCUCUACUGUAAUUUUCUCUCUCCUCCCCAUUAUUUCUUCUUCUUCUUCUUCUUUCCGCCAAAACGACACCGCUUCACUCCUCCAAUUCCGCUAUGAAUCGGACCCACACGGUAACCUCCUGUCUAACUGGUCAUCCUCCGACGCUUGCGGCACCAACUGGGUCGGCGUAAACUGCUCUUCAGAUAGCCGUGUCUUCUCUCUUUCUCUUCCCUCCCUCAAUCUCCGGGGACCCAUUUCUUCUCUCUCCUCUCUAGACCAACUCCGCCUUCUAGACCUUUCCAAUAAUCGCUUGAACGGGUCUAUUUCCCCUCUUUCAAACUGUUCUAAUUUGAAGCAUGUUUAUCUCUCUCAUAACGACUUUUCCGGGGAAAUUCCACCGGAAUUCGGCAGUUUGCAGCGUCUUCUCCGGCUAGAUGUCUCAGAUAAUAAUCUCCAAGGUCCGUUGCCGGCGGAAUUAAAGAACCUCACGCGGUUGCUCACCUUUCGGGUUCAGAACAACGCGAUUUCGGGGAUUAUUCCUGAUUUUUCGGAAACCCUAACUCAGCUUAAGGAGCUUAAUUUGUCGAAUAAUGAAUUGUUUGGGAAAGUCCCAAAUGGGCUGUUAAAGAAUUUUGGUGAAAAUAGUUUUAUGGGUAAUGAGAAGUUAUGUGGGCCAUCUCCUUUACCCAGUUGUUCAUUUUCUGGUGAUGAAUCUUCAGCUGCUACUGCCCAAACAGUCCCUUCGAAUCCAAGCUCAAAUCCUCCUUCAAAUGGUAGAAAACCCAAAAAAGGUUUGAGUUUGAGCAAUGGGGGUGUUAUCGCGCUGAUUGUGAUAAUUUGCGUGUUGGGUGUGAUAGUUUUAUCGUUUAUACUCGCGUUUUGUUGUAGAAGAUGUUCGUCGCCUAGGCAAAAUGAUGCGGAAGAGAGAGAAUUAGGGAAGAGGAGGAGUAGUUAUGGGAGUGAGAAGAGGGUGUAUGCUAGUAAUGGGAGUGCUGUAGGUGGUGGGUUUGAGAGUGAUGAGACUAAUGGGACGGACAAGAGUAAGUUGGUGUUCUUUGAUAGGAAGAAGCAAUUCGAGCUGGAUGAUUUGCUCCGUGCAUCGGCGGAGAUGCUCGGUAAAGGGAGCCUCGGGACGGUUUACCGGGCAGUUCUGGAUGAUGGGGCGACCGUGGCGGUGAAGAGGUUGAAGGAUGCUAACCCUUGUGCUAGGAAGGAGUUUGAGCAAUAUAUGGAUGUGAUUGGGAGGUUGAAGCAUCCAAACAUUGUUAGGCUUAGAGCUUAUUAUUAUGCUAGGGAAGAGAAGCUUCUUGUCUAUGAUUAUCUUUCAAAUGGAAGCUUGCAUUCCCUUCUUCAUGAUAACAGGGGACCAGGAAGAAUCCCAUUAGACUGGACAACAAGAAUCAGCCUAGUUCUUGGAGCAGCUCGAGGGCUAGCUCGAGUUCACGCAGAAUACAGUUCCUCUAAAAUUCCUCAUGGCAAUGUGAAAUCAACCAAUGUUCUCCUAGACAAGAAUGGAGUUGCUUGCAUCUCAGAUUUUGGUCUUUCACUUCUCUUAAACCCAGCUCAUUCUAUUGCUAGACUAGGUGGGUACAAAGCACCUGAACAAUCAGAAACCAAAAGACUCUCUCAGCAAGCUGAUGUGUACAGCUUUGGGGUGCUCUUGCUUGAGGUCCUCACUGCCAGAGCCCCAUCCCAAUUCCCUUCACCAACCCGACCCAAACACGUUGAGUUUGAGGAUGAAGAAUCCGUGGAUCUACCCAAAUGGGUUAGGUCUGUAGUCCGUGAUGAGUGGACUGCUGAGGUUUUUGACCCUGAACUCUUGAGAUACAAGAAUAUUGAAGAGGAAUUAGUGGCAAUGCUUCAUGUUGCCAUGGCUUGUGUGGUUCCACAGCCUGAGAAGAGACCUACUAUGAUGGAAGUGGCUAAGAUGAUUGAAGAGAUUCGAGUGGAGCAAUCUCCCCUGUGUGAGGACUAUGAUGAAUCAAGGAAUUCCCUCUCACCUUCGCUCCCUACUACGGAGGAGGCCGUGGCUGGUUACUGAUCACUGAUCACUCAUUAAAUUAAGGCCAUUGCUUGUGGCUUAGUCAUUAAGCUAUGUUAAAUACAUUGUGUGUUGUUUGGUUGCUUUUUGAUUGUCUUGUGAGUGAUGUCUAUAGAGUUUUCGCUCUUUCAGUGAAUUCCAUGGGUUGGGAUCCAGUGUUUUUGCCCAUUCUUAGAUGGUAAUUUGAUUUCAUUAUGUUUCUCUAAUUGUAUUGUUAAUAAUUUUUAAGUCAAAAAACGAUUUCUUGUAGAUCUACAAGAAUACAAGAGUGUUGGUAAAAGCUGUUAGAGCUUGACAAUCUACAAAUUUAGUAUGA